CAUUCGAACGGUUCGCACAAGCCAAAUGAAAAUUUGUCAUCGUGGUUGUCAACCAUCUAUUCGAUAUAAUCGCAUAUAAUUAUGCAGUUUUUGUUCGCAAUCAAAAAAGUUUUCAACACUCAAAAUUAAUUAAAUGUUGAAUUGUUGAUUUUUUGAUACAAAAAAAAAAUAUUGGUGGAAAAUUGCCGAGAGUGAGAAUCACAAAAAAAUAAUAAUAGAUUUACAAUGGUGUAUUGAUUUUUUUUCGCAGUGAAAUAGAAAGCGAUUCGUCAUAGAGCCAGAGAAGCUUAUUAUCUCAGUUGUGUUUAUUUUAUUUUAUUUUUCCGUGGAUUCUAUCCAUCUCUGAAGCAGAGCGGUAUUUUGUUGUUUCUGCAAAUAGCUAAAUCGUAAUAAUAACGGGACAAACGACAGCGGCAGCAACAGAAACAACGAUAUAUCCAUCAAACAACACGAUACAGCGACUCAGGACUCGUGUGCAGAAAUGGCCGACUAAAAAAAGAAACACGGAAAAUCCUCAUUUAACGUAUGAUUUUGAUUGCAGUAUGGUAGCACAAUACUGAGGAAAUGUUUGGCAUUUAGUUUGUUGGUGGUGGUACUGGCGGCACUAAAUGAAAUGAUAUCAAAAAUGUAUUCACACAGUUCGGAUGGCAGUAAAUUGAAUUUGCUUGGCAGCACAUUUGGUGGCCGCAAUAAACGAAACUACAAACGCCAAUGGAAUGAGAAAAAACGUGCUGGCAUGAGUUUUUUAAUUGUCAUUGCAUUUUUCACCGUUUUUGCAUUGAUCAUACUAACUGAAAUACUGAUGAUUGAUGAAAAAAAUAAAUCACAAAGUUUCGGCAGUGGCGGAAAUUUACGAAACACGGGCUUCAAUCGCUUCGGUGAAUCGAUACCAGAUUAUGAGGACGUCAAAGAUGAAUACGGCAUUGAAGAUGCGGUAUUCUUACGAAAUCGAAAUCGAGAUAAACAUCGCAGUGACACAAGCGAACGGCAUUCAAACGCAAUUCCAAGUGUGGUGGCAUGGGGAUCGGUUUUACCUGUGAAUAUUGAACGAACAUUACCAUCUUAUGCUAGUGAUAUGAAAGCAAUCGACGGUUCCUGGCAAAUUGUGAACGGAACAAGGUAUAAAUUUUUCGUUUUUUCUGCCUUCUACGAUCGACGGGCUGGAAAAUUGAUACGUAUCAUCGGUGCAACGAAAACUCGCGUACCAGAAAAAGUGUGGUGUCGUUUCGUGUAUAAUACUGGCAAUGCCACUACUCCAAACUAUAGAUCGGUGUCUGUUAUGGCACGAGUUAAGGUGAUACGUGAAAAUUGGAAUUUGAAAUAUAGUGCGUGCUUUGUGCUUUGCCCGGUAACAGCGCCUGAUAUAUCCGUUCCAUAUGCAGUAAGCGUUGUCAGUAGACUUCGAUCACCGCCGGGAAAUGUGCUUUUGGUUCGAAAUACCGAUGACGAUGUCGAUUUAGUUAAUACGACACAUAUCACAAACAUUCCAGAUAAAAUUGCCGUUUGUGUGAAACCCUUCCAUUUUGAUUAUGAUUCGGCAUUGCAUUUGCUCGAAUUUCUCGAAUUAAACACACUUCUUGGAGCAUCACAUUUCACAUUUUACAACCAUACACUUGGUUCGAGGGCGUCAUGUGUACUCAAGCAUUAUAUGAAUGGGGAUUUCUUAACGGGCGAUGCAACAAAUGGAUCGAAAAGCGAAUAUCGUCGUCCGAUUGCAAAUCAAAGGGCUACUAUCAAUGUGUUGCCAUGGGAUCUGAGAAUGAUUUCACAAAGGGAUAUUCGAACCGAAGGAUUGUUCGCAGCCUUGAAUGAUUGCGUCUAUCGAAACAUGUACAGAUAUCAGCACCUUGCUCUUAUUGAUUUAGACGAAUUCAUCAUUCCACGAUACAAUAAUACAAUCAGCGAACUAUUGAAUCAUUUGAAUUCCAGGUGGAUGAAAUUUCGAAUUAAUGGCCGCAAUACGGGAGCGUAUUCAUUCCAAAAUUCAUUUUUCUAUUUACAAUUCCCGGACGACCCGGUUGUCUAUUCGCACGAUAACACAGUUAAUCCAGCUCUGCGGGCGGCUUUGAUCACGCAACGAAAAACCAGAAGACGCGCCAAAUUGCAUCCACAAAAGCAAAGAUCAAAGUAUAUUUGCAAGCCAGAAGCUGUUGUUGAAGCUGGCAAUCAUUUUGUUUGGGAAUUUAUAACGGGCCGAGGCUCGCUCAAUGUUCCGGCUGAUGCAGGGAUUUUACAUCACUAUCGUGUCUGUGAGUUUGGCGGAGAUGAUUGUAUCAAAGCACCUUCAGUUGUGGAUCAUACGGCGCACAAAUAUUCCGAUCGGUUGGUUCGACGUGUCGAAGAAAUCUAUAAUCAAUUAAAAAUACCAUGCAAUUUGGUUGAUUUACCGAAAAUACCGACCACUCCGCCGCCGCCGACAACAACAAAGCCAAAAAAGAUUUCCCAAUUCAAUGGGCAGCUUAUUGGUGAAAUAACCAAUAGUUUCACAAGUAGCGUCCGAGCACAAACAACUACUUAAUGUCAAACCCUAAUAUACCGAUUUCCACCGUUACUAAUGCGAGCUAGAGCCACUAUGGACUAAAACUAACGAUUAACUAAUGUGAUCAACUUCUAUUGGAGGUCUUGAACUAAUAAAUAUUGUUUAGAUUAAAUGAAAGCGAAGCAAGCAUGGCCUAUAAAGAAUGGCACAGAGAAUUAGUUUUCUUUGGAAAUCACAACGAAAUACAUAUUGAUUUCAACCAUAACUCAUUCAUAACAUAACAAAAGAAAAACAAAUGAUUACCUUAGACUGCUUAAAUUGGUUGAUCCACAUUGAUCAAUUGUAGGGCUUUUAAUUCUAAAACACAAACCGCUUAGCUAUCAUUGUAGACGACUGAAAUGAUAGUGCAUCAAUCCAGAAACUCACACAAUAAUAAUGCUUCAAAAAAUUUGGAAAAUUUAUCGUUGUUCAAAUUACGAAAGAAUAACAUAUCAAUUGAACGCAUUUGAAAACAACUCACAAUAAAAUAUAUGAAAUCAACCAAUUUAAAAGGAAAAGCAACUACCAACUAUUUGAAAUCCUGAAUAAAAUAGUUUUGAAAAUGUUUUUUUUUAAACAGAAUACAACUAUUUUCUACACACAAUUGUCGGAGAUAAUGCAUCCAAACAAAAAGAAUAAAUCAACUUCAUCACUUCUAGUCGAAGGACAUUUUCAUCCCAUCUACCCUAUACGUAAUUUCAUGCUUUUAGAGGAAUUACGUUAAACUCCUUUUAUAUUGAACUAAAAAAAAAGAAAACAAUAAUAUGCCAAGUAAACGGCAAAUAUUUAUUAAUAAAUUAAUUGAAUUUCGAAUGAAGAAAAAACUGACUAUGUUUAUGAAAAAGUCAACCUUCAGAACACAUGCUAACAGAUUUAUUUUUGUGAUUUAAGUAAGAAUGAAGAAUCUUCAUUGAAGAUGUUUGUUUUUUUUUUAAUUUUAUUUCAAGAACCACAACAAUAACAAAAGAUUGUUGUGAACUCAUACAAAGUACCGCCGACGAUUCCAAAUGUAUUUAAUAAAAUUAUAUCGCAAUAAAAUUUAACAUUUCAUAAUUUAA